CUCUCGGGCAUAAUUUACCAACUUAAUGCCUGUAACCUGCAGUCUCUACGCCUCCUACCUUCUCGGCUUGUUCGAUUUGCGGCCAUUCGUCUUGGACCUUCUUUGGCCAGCCCCCCUCCUUACGGAUUGACUGAGCCUUUGGGUGCUACACUGGAGCAGCAACACCUUGAUGAAAUAGGUCGACGAGAAGAGCUGUUCACCGAGGCCCGGCUUUCUAGCAGCCGGCGUCUUUAUUCCUCUGAGACACAAGUUCUUAGCCAGGUGUGUUUUUAA